AGCGGGGCUUUCCGGAGGAAACCCGGAUGUGUCGCUCAGCAGAUCGAGGCCGCUGAUGGAAGGCAACCCCCCUGAUGGCACUGGCCCCAUGCAUGUACCAUUUGGGCACAUUGUGGCCAAUGAGAAAUGGCGCGGUUCGCAGCUGGCACAGGUAAUGCAAGGGAAAAUUAAACUCGUUUUUGAGGAUGGCCUGACACCGGUAGAUUUUUACUUAUCUAGCAAAUCCUGCAUUCUUUAUAUCACCGAAGCUGAGUUGGUGGCAGGAAAUGGCUACAGAAAGAGACUUGUUCGGGUUAGAAAUUCCAGUAAACUUCAAGGGAUUGUGGUAGUUGAAAAAACGCAGAUGAGUGAACAGUAUUUUCCAGCUGUACAGAAGUUUACUGUUCUGGAUCUUGGGAUGGUGUUGCUUCCAGUAGCCAGCCAGAUGGAAGCAUCCUGCCUCAUUAUUCAGUUGGUUCAAGAGCAAACCAGAGAGCCCAGUAAAAACCCUUUUCUCAGGAAGAAACGGGCUCAGGUCUCUGAGCCGGCGCUCCUCCGAAGUGUGCAGCAGAUCCCAGGAGUGGGGAAAGUGAAAGCCCCCCUCCUGCUUCAGAGGUUUCCAAGUAUCCAGCAACUAAGCAACGCGUCUCUCCGAGAACUGGAGGCGGUAGUAGGACCAGCAGCAGCCCAGCGCAUUCAUGCAUUCUUCACCCAGCCCAGGUGAGGGCUCCUCUCAUGGGCAUCUCAUCAUGGGACUGCAGGAUCUUGUUUUCUUCUCACACUAAGAAAAGAGUUCCUCGGAGAAGGAAACGGCAACCGACUCCCAUAUCCUUGCUUGGGAAAUCCCAUGGGGAGUCUAGUGUGCAACAGUCCAUGAAGUACAACAGGGCUGGACACAGCUUAGCGGCUAAACAACAAAUGGCAGUUCUAGCUAAUGUAUGAGAGCAAAAACGUGUAAGGAAUUGGGGGUUGGGGCUGAAACCAAAAUCCUAUUGUUUACAGAUGUGAAUGUCUAUUUAGAAAAACCAAAAUAAACUGCAAGCAAAUAUUUAAACUAAAAAAAGCAGAGUUCCUUUUACAAUUAGGAAAAGAUGAGAAGAGGCCUGAA